CAAACAUGGCGCUUACGGACUCGAAAUUAAGUGGGAAUGGUUUUCUGCUGCCUUAGUAUUUGAUGGUCGUGCUCUAGCAAUUGUAGUUUUCAAGUGUGAUUGAUUUUGUUGAAAAAAAUGAGUUGUGCAUUACUGAGGGUAGAGGAUGUCUGAUGUGGACCGCGAGAGACUCGCGGUGCCUCCAGCUCAUAGUGUUUUCUCUCAACAUACUAACACCGGUAGUUAUAGUGGCACGAGCAUUGCUGGCACUUCUGCUGCACCUCCGUUUGCACCACGUCCCCAUUAUGGGCAACAAGUUCGGCAGCAGCAUCAACAAAGAUUGCACAGCACUGCUGCUUCUAGUCGAAGUGGAGCAACUUCUGCCCAUACAGAUCGCAUUCCACCAUCAGCAGUUUCAGGAGCAUCAUCUGCUUCCUCUACAGAAUGCAAUAUCCACGAAGUUUGCUACUAUUUCCAACAAGCAAUUUUUAUAUUGGCCAUCAUGACAGGAGUUGCGCUCGUCAUAGCGGGCGCUGUCAUGCAUGUUCAAAAUGGAGAGCUUCUGGUGCUUGUGUACAUAGGUGUCCUUCUUGGUGCUGUCAACACUGUGUUACUGACAAUACAGUGCUGUGUCCGGCGCAAACAAAAGAAACGUUCAAGGGCAUACCGUGCCACUCGUCCUCCUCAGGGACCUCCUUCAUCUGCGCCUUCUAGUGCUGUUGUUCGUUAUGAUCCUCUCAGUAAUCCUCUGCUUUCAACCACUCAGACUGUACCUUCUGCUGAAGUCCAACAGUAUCAUUAUAAGCACUACCACAUACAUUCGCAGAAUGUAGCACAAACUCCUUUUCAAGAUUUCCCAGUGCAACAAGGGGUUUUUGCACAAUCGCCUACUGAAUCUUCUCAGACUCGCUUUCAUCAUGGGGUGCCAUACCAUAGGUCAGGAUCAAUGGUUAUGCAUCAUAGACAUGCCAAAGGAAUGUAUCAAAAGUCUCCUCCACUGGGACAAGUGCACAGACCUCUCCUCAAUACAUUAGGACCCCAAAAAGCAAAUGUAAGAUCUGAAAUGUGUCCCCAAGAGCCGACUGCACCUCCUCCAAGUUACGAAGACCUACUGCGUACUGGCCGCCUGACACAAGAUGGCACGACAGUUCAUUUGAUCUGAAGUUCAUUCCAGCAGGUUCUGUUUUUCAUAAACAUAUCAGAAUCAUUCCCUGAUAAGCUCAGAUUGUACAUGUUAUAGCUUUUUAUUAUUAUUAUUGUAGGUAAUGUAUUAUAAUUUUAAGUCAUUGUGAAUGUUCCAGUGUAUUUUUUAAACUAUCAUCAUGACCUUGUAUAUUUCUAAAGUGGACAAGUAUUGUGCUUGAUGUUUAAUCAUUCAUAAGAUACUUUUUUGUGGUAAUUUUAAAAUAUGCCCAAUUCUGUUUUUCCACAAUAGCUAUCUCUUAAAAAACUGUGCAAAGGUAUUAGUUUGCAAUAAAUUUGAUUUAGAAGUGAAAAUAAUUGCAUUAAAAGAUUAGAUCCAACUGAAUUGGAAAUAAAAAUCCUUAAUUAAUUCUUAACUUCGCUUUUAACCAGCUUGAUUUUAAAUCAUUUUUAUUACUUGAAUUCAGUUUUCUGACAAUAGAAAUUUUUGCCUCUUAAUUUGGAAUUUUUGCAAGAUUUGUGUACUGGUGACCAAUGAAAAAGUCCACAAUGGUGUACUAACUAAUUCUUUUCUGUAAUAAUUGAGGACAGUACAGAUGAUUUUACAUUCUGUAGCUUAAAUAAACAUUUGUUACUUAGCUUGAAGCCAUUUUGGAUAUUGAACUAAAAUGAAUUGGAAACCAAAAUUGUAGUUUUUAAUUUUUGCGAUUUGUGUGCAUUUUUUCAGGGUAAUCUCUUAGCUGUAAUCGGAAGUGUACAAAUUGAAUACAAAAUAUAUUUUUUUACAGACUUCUAAAUGUAUGCAUACAUACAUAAUUAUUAAGGAAAAUGUCUGUAAUUCAAGAAUGUAAAAAUAUUAGUAAAGACAUGACUUACAUGUUAUGCAUAUUAAAUUUUAUUCAUUCUCACUUUCUGGCAUGUCAUUUUAUGCAGUUCCCCAUCUUUUACAUUAGCAACUAUUUUUAUCAGUUCUACAUUCAAUCAGCAGCUUAAAUUUACUUUCUAAAUGUAUUUGAUCUAACAAAUUAAUACUUUCAAGUAAGACUUUUUUUUUUAUUACUGCAUUAAAAAUAACAUAUAUAUUUUAUGGUGCUGCACAACUUUAACUAAAAAUAAUAUAUAUAUUGUAUAAUGUAUAUAUACAAUUCCACUCUACUAUAACUAGAAGCUCUUAGAGCUAUAGACCUUUCUUUAAAGUAUGGUAAAUCAAAUCAGAUGGAGGUUUAAAGUAAACCUUUUUUUUAUUUACUUGACUUCCUGACAGUUAUACAAACUAUCCAAUCAUAUGAAACCUGCUACUGAUGAGUAAACAUUGUAAAAAUGUUCCAGUCAAAUUUAAAUGGUAAAUAUAAGCAACUUGUGCUAUUGGCUGAGGUCUUCUGAAUUUCACAAAGCAACUGCAGCUAGUGAAGCUGCUCAGUAAUGUAAUUUUCAUCCUUGUGGGUGAAAGUACAGCAAAAUGGUAAGCUAGCCAGUAAAUAAUGUAAAACCUUAAGUGUGAUUUAUAUACUUUUGUGACAUUUUGUUAAUGAAAUGCACAUCUUCAUUAAACAAUCCUUAUUUUGAUUUUUCUUCCUAAGAGAUAUGACCUGUUUUUCAAGUGAAAUUAUGUAUCCAAACAAAUUUAAUACUGAAAGAAUCUUCAGAAUUGUCUUGAAUAACUUCUGCUUCUUUAUUACUAAUACUUUUGUCACUUCUAAAAUUGAUCCAGUCAUGAUCAUCAUCUCAUCUCUCUGCCUCCAUUAUGAAUUAAAAUAAUUCUGCCUGGACACUCCUAGAAUAAAAAAUCUCGCUUUUAAGUUUCAAAAAAAUGUAUAUGAACAUUGGGCAGUAAUAUAUGAGUAUUUAUAUAACAUCAAGUAUGCAUGUAAAAUAUACUUAAAUAACCUGUAUAAAAAGAACAAAAUGUUAAAGCAAAAUCGAAAAAUUUCUGGAAUGAACAGUAAACAUUCUUGCAUGUGUACAGUUACAAGCUGAGGAAACAAGUAGUUACUGUAUGGCUAUUUUUAUGAUAAGCUCUCCCAUAAAAAUACUGAAAAUAUUUUGGGAUCUUUGUACUCUAAUUCUCAAUAGGGUUAAAGUAGAAAUUUGAUAAACCAGUAAGCCUCCAAUUCUCUAACAAACUGUGGUACAAUUUGCAUGAGAAUUAAAAACUAUAGAAAAAUGUAACUUUAAAGUUGUACAGUCAAAAGUCGUUAAUUCGGACACCCAUAAUCCGGACCUCAAAGCUACAAACUUUCUGCGCAUGCGUUGCGUUCACGCAUGCGCACAGGCGUUUAGGAGUGCACGUAAGACCCUUACGGCCGCAAAUAUGUUUGUGUGCAUGCGCGUGUAAUGUGUAACAGAGGUAAGCUAAAAUUAUCUAAUUCAGUUAAUGUUGCAGAUUGCGUUGUUCCUUAAUCUACGAAUUGGAUCCGGCUUAUUAGUUUUUGCAGACUGUUAGAGCAAUUUCAUAAAAGUAAGCUUGAA